CGCGCGCAGACAACUACAGUCCUCGUCCUGUGGACGAGCUGGACGCUGGCACUGAACACCGAUGCCAAGCAGACCGUGAACACUAUGAGCUCCUCGGUGUAGAGCGGCAUUUAACGACCUCCACACUGCAGAUGUCUUUGGGAGAAGGCACCGCAGCGGGUUUGGUUCACAUCAGCCUGGCGGCGGUGCGAGCAGGACUGCCGGGCUGCAGUUAAAUCAGCGCGUCGGUAACUGGAGUUGGAGAGCGGAGGACCGGGCUGCUAGCAGGUGCUCGGACACCAAGGGCAGUUGGAGGAGUAGAGAGAGUGAGCGCAAGCGUGUGGGGUAGCCCGAAGAGGUGAGGGGAGAGUUUGGGGCCGUUUCUACGACAGCAACAUCCGCACUUUGAAGAAACGAACUUCACUGUCGCCGUCGACUCGAUGCUGAGAGCUGCUGGGCCGAAAGGGUGAGGGGAUGCGCGGUGUAACAUGGAUAUCCGAGAAGGGAUAAACAUCAGGCAACACCGCAGGGGACAUACUCAGAAGAACGGUGAGCGUGCUGGAAAGGACAAAGCCAGGAUUCUACACACCUCUGAUUGGAUGUGAGCUUGUAUUGACCUGAGACCAUUAAAAUGGAGUUGCUAUGGAAACUUAUACUGCUGCUGUCAUUGGUGAAGUGUGUGGCAGGAAGUGGAGUCCUGCUGAGGCCUGUGUUCACCAAACAACCUGGCAGUGUUGUGUUUCCCCUUCAACCUGGCGAGAAUCGCAGAGAAGUGGUGUUCAGCUGUGAGGCCCAGGGACACCCACCGCCCUUCUACAGGUGGAAGCUCAAUGACUCUUUCAUCGUGCCCAGACCAGGCUCACGAUACUCUCUCAUGGGAGGAAACCUACACAUCAGCCAUCUGAAUAAAGAGGGAGAUGUUGGCAUCUAUCAGUGCCUGGCAUCAAACUCUUUUGGCACCAUCGUCAGCAGAGAAGCCAGUCUGCACAUUGCAUACUUGGAGAACUUCAAGACCCAGAGAAGGAAUCCAGUGAGGGUUCGUGAAGGUCAAGGAGUAGUCUUGCUGUGUGGCCCACCACCCCACUCUGGAGAACUUACCUUCACAUGGAUCUUCAAUGAGUACCCAUCGUUUGUCAUCCAGGACACACGGCGAUUUGUCUCCCAGAAGACAGGCAACCUCUACAUUGCAAAAGUGGAACCCUCUGAUGUUGGCAACUACACUUGUGUAGUUACCAACACAGUCACCAAAAGCAGUGUUCAAGGUCCACCAACUCCUCUAGUGCUGCGGGUUGAUGGUGUGAUGGGUGAAUACGAGCCAAAGAUCGAAGUGCAGUUUCCUGAAGUUGUUCCUGUCGCUAAGAGCUCAACUGUCAAACUGGAGUGUUUUGCACUUGGAAACCCAGUGCCAACUAUCAGCUGGAGAAGAGUGGAUGGAGCCUCUUUUGGCAGGAAGGUGGACAUAAAUAAAGCCAGCGGAGUUUUAGAAAUCCCGUACUUCCAGCAGGAGGAUGCGGGGAUAUAUGAAUGUGUGGCUGAAAACAGCAGAGGAAGAAACUCAGUGAGAGGAAAGCUGUCUUUCUAUGCUGCACCUCACUUGACUGAAAAGCCUCAGGAUGUUCAGAAGACCAUUGAUGAAACUCUGGUGUGGGAAUGCAAAGCAAGCGCCAAGCCCAAACCAUCAUACCGCUGGCUGAAAAAUGGAGAGCCUCUAGACCACAUGGAGCAGGACAGGGUUCAGGCCAAUAAUGGAGUGCUGACGAUCAGCAGCUUGAAUCUGGCCGACAUCGGUAUGUACCAGUGUGUGGCAGAGAACAAGCAUGGCCGAAUCUUCACAAACGCUGAGCUCAGAGUUAUAGCCAUUGCUCCAGAUUUCUCCCAGAACUGGUUGAAGGCCCAGACUCUGGCCCGUCAGGGUGGAGAUGUUCUGAUCGAAUGCAAGCCCAGGAUGUCUCCUCGGGGUGUGAUUUCUUGGAGGAAGGGGAAGGAAGCCUUGAGAGAAAGCCACAGAGUUACUGUGUUGGAUAAUGGGAGCCUACGGAUUUCUAAUGUCACUAAAAUGGAUGCUGGACUCUACACAUGUGUUGCCAGAAACCAGUUUGGAGUAGCGAGCAGUGCUGGCAGCCUUUUGGUUAAAGAGCCAACUGUGAUCACCAGUCCAGCGGGUCAUCUGGACGUGACUGUCGGCGAGAGCAUCGUGCUGCCCUGUCAGGUGUCUCAUGACCCCACGCUGGACCUCAAGUUCACCUGGUUCUUUAAUGAGCAGCUCAUUCAUUUUGGAAGCCACUGGGCAUAUUUUGAAAAAGUUGGUGGGCGCUCGGCUGGUGACAUCAUGAUCCGGAACAUUCAACUGAGUCAUGCUGGGAAAUACACGUGUGCCGUUCAGACCAAAGUGGACAGCGUGUCCAUAGCCACUGAUGUGGUAGUCAGAGGUCCCCCCGGCCCCCCUGUGGACUGUCAUGUGACUGAGAUGACGGAGACCACUGCCUCUGUGUCUUGGGGACCUGGAACGGACAACCACAGCCCCAUCCUCAGCUACACCAUCCAGGCCAGGACUCCCUUCUUUCUCGGGUGGCAAGCCGUUACCACUGUUCCUGAGCUGCUAGGGGGGAAGCAACUGUCAGCUACUGUCACUGACUUGAGCCCCUGGGUGGAGUACGAGUUCAGAGUCCUGGCAACCAACAGUAUUGGAACAGGAGAGCCCAGCAAACCCUCCAGAAAGGCCCGCACCAAAGAAAUGCUUCCCAGAGUGACUCCGGCCAGAGUGAACGGCGGUGGUGGCGGACGUUCAGAGGUGGUCAUCACUUGGGAGCCUGUUCCUGAGGAGCUGCAGAGCGGUCCGGGCUUCGGCUACGUGGUGGCUUUCCGCCCACUUGGGGCGCAGGGCUGGAUGCAGGCUGCCGUCACCUCCCCGGAUGCUUCUAGAUAUGUCUUCAAGAAUGAGAGCAUCCCUCCCUUUUCCCCUUACCAAGUCAAAGUCGGGGUUUACAACAACAAGGGAGAAGGUCCUUUUAGUCCAGUGACCACUAUCUACUCAGCAGAGGAAGAGCCCAGCAGAGCUCCGGGGAGGCUGAGGGUGAGAAGUCUGUCAGCGUCCGAGGUGGAGGUCACCUGGAAGCCACUGGCCUGGAGCAACAACCGCAGACGUAUCCUGGGCUAUGAGCUGCAGUACUGGGCUGAGAGGCAGAAGCAGGACGCAGCCAGUGUGAUCAGGACAGUGGGGAAUAAAACUUCAGUACUCAUCAGGGAUCUGGAGGGCAGCAGUACCUAUUACGUGUCCCUGCGGGCCUAUAACACCGCUGGAGUGGGUCCACAGAGCAACAUAGUCAAUGUCACAACCAAGAAACCACCACCCAGUCAAGCCCCAGUCAAAAUUAUGUGGAACACUUCCAACUCCAAGGUCAUCCUGAGGUGGGACCAAGUGCAUGCUCUGGAGAAUGAGUCAGAAGUCACAGGAUAUAAGGUCAUGUACAGCCAGGACAAACACAGCCGUCCCAGUGUGGUGGAGACCAACACCACCUCUUUGGAGCUGUCCCUGCCAGUCAACCAGGACUACGUCAUCCAGAUUAAACCCUUCAGUGAGGGAGGGGAAGGCAGCAGCAGCCGCGAGAUCACCAUCCCAAAGAUAGCAGGUUCCAUAGCCACAGGUGCAGCCCCGGAGUCUUCUGUAUUUCCCAUGGUCAACCUUGUGGUGUUAAUCCUCACAGUCAGGACUGUACUAUGACAAACAUCUGCAGUAACCAGGCACUACAGCUGCUGCUUAUUAAGAGGAGAAAAAGCAGGUCAAAGACAACAAGAGGCUUACUGCCACAUUUCUGCCUGCUCCCUGCCCUGCCCUCCUGUGUCUUUUCUUUCUACAGAGAUCUCUUUGUGAGGAGGAUUCUUUACCUAUACCUUUCUAAAGGAUUUGCUGAAAGAAACUGCUUGCUUUUAUGGAACUGAAAGGACACAUCACUCAACUGCAGUCUCUUUGAAGAUAUUUCUCUCUUUGCUCCAUCUUAGGCAAUGGUUACUCUCAUGUUUUUAACCUAGGAGGCCCUGUGGUUGUGAUGCACAGUAGGAUGUGUAUAUGUUUUCUCUGUGGGACUGUGCAGUUUCUUUUUAAUGGAUAUGUAUGUACCUCUGGAGUCUUGAUUGGUGAUGGGAUUUUAUCUUACCUGGGAAUGGGGGAGGCCUAAAGCACUUACAUCACUCAUAUUUAUGUAAGUGAAACUAUUUAAGUAAUUGUUGAAAUCAUUUCCCUCCUGUCUUUGAACUAUCUUUAGGAAACUUCCUGCACUGAAAGAAGGCCAACUGUCACUAAUAUUCUGCCAGAAACAGGGAGCUACAGUAAUCGUCAUUGCUUCAUGACAAACCAGAAUUUGGGACCUUUGUAACUUUUCCUGGAUUUUGGUCGUGCUUUUACGUUACAUCGCAUUACAAGAAGACCUCAGAGUUGCCAUGAAACUGACUGUAACCAAAGGUGUUGACCUAUCGAGGUUCAAUUCCACCUGUUUUGUCAUCGCGAGAAAAUGCAGUGUGUACGCCCCAAAUAUGGCUUCCAUUGUAAACAGCAGGCUUGUGUUGAGUAAUUGAUGUCUUACCUUCCUCCCUCAUCCAUGACAAGGCGCACUGAGCAGUGUGAGCGGCGUUGUUGUACAUUGUAUGUAUGAAAUCCUCAGGUCCCAGAUGAGCCUUAAGUCUUAUGAUUAUUGCCCAUGUUGUUAUUAUUCAAAAGAUGUUUUAUUUAUUUCCCCCCUCUGUUUAUCCGUAUUGUGGUUUGGCUCACUUGUGCUAUAAUUUAUGGAUAACUGACGUAACUGUUUGCUAUGUUGAGAUUUUUCAAUUUUGUUACUUUUUAGGUCGUUUUUUGGGGGCAUUUUUGGGUUCAGAAACAACAUGCCUUUUCUCCUAGGUCUUUCAUGAUGACCAUUGUAAUACCGUACAAGUGGCAGUGAUGACUGACUUUUCUAACAUAGCUUAUUACAAGUAGGGAUGGUAUUUUGCUGUCAAAUGCUGUUUGGCAUGAGAUUGGUCAGUGUAUGUACCUACGUUGCUUAGGAAGUCUGAAUGAAUCAACCGGCUUUUAAUAAACAUAAUGCCAUUUUC